UAUGGCCUGUCUUCUUGUGUUUUCCCGGUGCUAUAGCUUCUCUUAUUGAAAGAACAGGUGUUGCCGUUGAAAUUGAAGUGAACCAAAUUAAUCAAGAGGAUGAUAUAGCCUGAAUUCAUCUCCUAAAUCCUAUUCCGCAGGCUGCAAAGUACUGAAAAUAGCUCACAAAAUGAACACCCUUCGCGCGUUUUGGAACAGUCCCAUUGGCCCAAAAACCACUCAUUUUUGGGGUCCUACCUUCAACUGGAGCCUUCCUCUCGCGGCAGCAAUGGACACACAGAAACCACCGGAAACGAUAUCUGUCAAUAUGACCGCAGUUAUGUGUGUUUAUUCGGCAUUGUUCAUGAGGUUUGCUUGGGUGGUGCAACCGCGUAACAUACAUCUUCUUGUUUGCCAUGUCACCAAUGAGACUGUGCAAUUAUAUCAGCUCUCAAGGUGGCUCACAGCUCAAAGUAGGGGCCCACAACAGAAGAUAGAGGGAGCAGAUGCCGAGUAAAAUAUAUGUGUUCGAAGUUCAAUCAAAACAUGGUUUAUAUCUUAAAAAUAAGUCUCUAGUGUCUUGUCAUUCACACAUUUGCUCUUUUAUUGUGUAAUUGUUUAUGAUCGAUCAUAUUAUAUUGAAACAAUUGUACCUGU